AUGGUCACACAAAAGCACUGCCCCCAUUCCUCCCCCGACCCCUCCCCACCAAGUUCUACAGCUCGGGAAGCCCGGCCCCGGGGCGUAAUUUCCCCCUACCAGAGGCCAGGUAUGGGCUGACCUCGGCUCCGGUUUCCCAGGAUGUUUAAGUGUAGCCGCAGAAGGUACCGGCAGAAAUCCCAAGGCCCAGCUGCCACCACUGCAGCCACCAAUCUUGCCACCAUGGCCACGGAUAUCAACAACACCCACACUGCCACCACCAGGGUGUGGAUCCUUCCACUGCAAGUACUCAGACACCUUUGUCAACGUGGCAGCUUUCUGAUCCUCUAG